AUGCCGCCGCCCGCCCUGCUCGGGCUGUGCCUGUGCGCCGUCGCCGCCGCCUCCAGCCGCCGCGGCGAUUACCGGCUGGCCGGGCUGUUCCCGCUGCACGGCCCGGCGCCGCCCGCCGCCCGCCCGCUGCUGCCCGGCUGCGACUCCGCCGGCAGCUUCAGGAGACACGGCUACUGCCUGUCCCAGGCCAUGCGCUUCACCGUGGAGGAGAUCAACAACUCCAGCGCCCUCCUCCCAAACGUCACCCUGGGCUACGACAUCCACGACAGCUGCUCGGAGUCCGCCAGCCUGCACGCCGUGCUGCGGGCCCUGGCCAGGAAAGGGGCGCAGGAGGUCGAGCUGCUGCCCCCCCUUUGCCGCUACGAGCCCGAGGCCGUGGCUGUCAUCGGGCCCGACAGCACCGAGCUGGCCAUCGGCACUGCCGCCGUCCUCGGCUUCUUCCUCGUCCCGGAGAUCAGCUAUGAAGCCUCCCUGGAGGCGCUGAGCCUGAAGCAGCUGUACCCCUCGUUCCUGCGCACUGUCCCCAGCAACACGCAGCAGGUGAAGGCCAUCCUCCUGCUGCUGCAGCAGUUCCACUGGACCUGGGUCGCGCUCCUGGGCAGCGACAACGCCUACGGCAGGGAUGGCUCCAAUGCCCUCUACAAGCUGCUGGCUGCCAGCCCCAUGUGCGUCGCCUACCGAGGCACCAUCCCCAGCAACACGGGCGCUGGCAGCCCCGAGCUCCACAGCCUGGUGAGGACCCUCAUGAACGCCAGGGUCAACGUCACCAUCGUGUUCGCCAACAAGAGGAGCGCCCGCCUCUUCUUCGAGGUGGUGGUGCAGAGGAACGUCACGGGCAUGGUGUGGGUGGGCUCCGAAGACUGGUCCACAGCCUCAGCAGUCUGGCAGGUGCCCGGCAUCCAGAGGAUUGGCUCGGUGAUCGGGAUGGCGGUGCAGAGGACGGAUCCCACAAUGCUGGAGCGCUUUGAGUUGUGGAAGCUGGCAGAGGACCGGGCUGCGGCCGCUCGUGCCCACGGCAGCGGGGCAGGAGGGGACAGCGCCUGGCCAGACUGCACUCAGCACUGCCCCGGCUGCCCUGCUGCCUCUGACGUGUAUGACGCCCAGGCCGCCUUCAACGUGUACUCGGCCGUGUACGCCGUGGCCCAUGGCCUCCACGACCUGCUGGGCUGUGCCUCAGGGGCCUGCAGCAAAGGCAGAGUCUAUCCCUGGCAGCUCCUACAGAAGAUCAAGCAAGUAAACUUCACUCUGUACACGAGCCACAUCUCAUUCGAUGCCAAUGGGGACGUUCACAAAGGCUACGACGUCAUCACGUGGAACUGGAGUGGCCCGAGCUGGGCUGCCAGCGUGAUAGGAACCUUCCAUGUGGACCCUGACAGGCUGAGCAUUGACCAGGACAAGAUCCUGUGGCACACAAAAGAUCGCCAGGCCCCCCCCUCGCUGUGCUCCCAGCGCUGCCAGCCCGGGCAGAGGCGGCUGCAGCAGAACCAGCACCGAUGCUGCUUCAUGUGCGUGACCUGUCUGCCAGGAACCUUCCUGAACAGAUCAGGCCACCCCCCCGGCCCCGGACGCGGCGGCGGCGGGCGGCGGGCGGGGGGACGGCGGCGCCGAGGCCGUGCCCGAGGAGAGCGUCGUGCAGAGCGAAAAAAGUCCCCCCCCGGGGAAGGCGCCCGGCAGCACGGGGACGCCGGGGAGCAGAAAAGGAAACACACUGGAGAAAAGCCAUUUGAAUGUUCCAAAUGCGGCAAGUGUUACUUCAGGAAAGAGAAUCUCCUGGAACACGAAGCCAGGAACUGCAUGAACCGCUCUGAGCAGGUUUUCACGUGCUCGGUCUGCCAGGAGGUGUUCAAGAGGCGGAUGGAGCUGCGGCUGCACAUGGUGUCACACACCGGGGAGAUGCCGUACAAGUGCUCCUCGUGUGCCCAGCAGUUCAUGCAGAAGAAGGACCUGCAGAGCCACAUGAUCAAGCUGCACGGGGCGCCGAAGCCCCACGCGUGCUCGACCUGCUCCAAGUGCUUUCUGUCUCGGACAGAGCUGCGCCUGCACGAGGCCUUCAAGCACCGGGGAGAGAAGCUGUUUGUCUGCGAGGAGUGUGGGCACAGGGCCUCGAGCCGCAACGGCCUGCAGAUGCACAUCAAGGCCAAGCACAGGAACGAGCGGCCCUACGUCUGCGAGUUCUGCCACCACGCCUUCACGCAGAAAGCCAACCUCAACAUGCACCUGCGCACGCACACGGGCGAGAAGCCCUUCCAGUGCCACCUCUGCGGCAAGACCUUUCGCACACAAGCCAGCCUGGACAAGCACAACCGGACCCACACCGGGGAGCGACCCUUCAGCUGCGAGUUCUGCGACCAGCGCUUCACGGAGAAGGGGCCGCUGCUGAGGCACAUCACCAGCCGGCACCAGGAGGGGAGGCCCCACUUCUGCCAGAUCUGUGGGAAGACGUUCAAAGGUAACGGCAGGGGCGUGGAGCCCCUCCACAGACCACUCCCCACCCCUAGCGCGGGCUGGCGCGGCGGGGAGCGCGUGUGGCGCGGUGCCCCUGCCAGCGGGCUCUCCCUCCCUCCCUCCUCAGCCGUGGAACAGCUGCGUGUCCACGUGCGCCGGCACAAGGGCGUGAGGAAGUUCGAGUGCACCGAGUGCGGGUACAAGUUCACGCGGCAGGCUCACCUGAGGCGCCACAUGGAGAUCCACGACCGCGUGGAGAACUACAGCCCCCGCCAGCGCAAGCUGCGGAACCUGGUCAUCGAGGACGAGAAGGCCGUGGUGGUGGCGCUGCAGCCGCCCCCCGAGCUGCAGGUGGGCUCGGCUGAGGUGAUCGUGGAGUCACUGGCCCGCAGCUCCCUGCCCGAGGAGCUCCCUGUGCAGAGGCUCUGCUCCAACGAGAACUUCUCCACGGCAGAUGUGAUGGAGCAGUCGCUCAUUAUAGCGACCACGAUUCCCAAGGACUGACUGUGCCACGUAGCGCUGCGUGUCCUGCUGGGCCCAGCGCCGCAGCACCGGGGCUGCCUGCCCGGCUCCUGCUGUGCAGCUGCCCCUUCCCUCUGCCCCACACAGCACCCCAGGGCUGGCAGGGACAUGAUGUUGGGAUCAGGUGGAAUCGGGUCACACGUGGAGAAACACAAGGUGAAGUUGCUCAGCAUGGCAAAUUCAAUAAACGUUCCUGUGCUGUAUGAGGGGCUGUGA